AUGUCAGCCAAUUUCUCGCAUCUAUGUCUAACAGAUGAACAACAGCGGAUGUCGGGUACAACCUUGGAGUAUAAUCUACAGAGAUAUUUCUACCCGGCACUGGCAAUAUUCGGAAUUCUAGGAAACGUACUCAAUUUAACAGUUCUGCUGAAUCGAAGUAUGCGAAGUCGAGCGAACUCAUUCCUGGCGGUUCUUGCGUUUGCCGAUAUCAUUUUUCUGUUUCUUCUCUUCCCGAAUAUUCUGGCAAACUACUCGUUUUUCACCUUUAAUUGGUACUUUCGCUGGUUCUACCUGCACUCCAAGGUCCACCUAAUCUCGCUAGCCAACUGGUGUUCUUCGGUGGCUCACUGGUGCGUGAUAGCCGUCUGUGCGGAUCGACUUCUUGGAAUUCAGAAUCCCCUGUAUGCGCGUGCCACGUGGCGAUGGUGGAAACUUCCUCUUGUCACAACUGUCAUCGUUUUCACAUGCGGACUUUUGACAUGCUACCAGCACUUUGAGUAUUUUUGUCUAGUGAGGUCCUACUGUCGAGAGACUCAACUCUACUCAAGGUGUCUACCGGUCAAUGCAGAAAAAUGGUUCGGCCACCGCCCAAAUCCAUUCUCCUCCCGCUACCAAAGCUUCAUCGCAAUGUGCAAACUGGCUCAUAUCUUCCUAAUGAUAAUCCUUCCCAUCAUCCUCCUCUUAUUCCUCAACCUAACACUCCUUUGGGCGCUGAGAAAACGUCAAAAGCAUUUGUCGAUUGGAAAGGAUUUUAAUGCGGAUCGACGUCAAAAUGACGUGCACAUGCAGAAGACGGAGCAUCGGGUGACACUAACUGUCACCUUUAUUGUUACCAUGUUUACACUGACCAAUGGGCCAUCGGCGUUAGUGCAUUUGGUGAUGUAUGCGACUCAUGAGGAGUUGUAUGAUUUGACAAUGAUAUCCAGCACGCUGGUAAUCUGCGGCAAAGCUUCCAACUUCAUUCUCUUCUGCCUUGGCUCCAAGCACUUCAGACUGCGAUUGCUGAAGCUUACAAGGAAGAAGAUCAACAGGAAAAUUGACUCGAUCACCGGAUCACUGGUCCACACGACAAAACUCAGCACGGCUUCAUCGCGUCGCACCUCGAUGCCCGUCCAAGAGAAGAAACGAUCGUCGUCUUGUGCGCCGUUGGUGGCCAAGAAUCGGGCAUUGAGCACAGUUGAAACAAUAUAUCAACCACUUCUAAACGGUACACAUCGAAAAGGAGAUCUAUAA